ACACGAGGAUAGCCACAUACCUGUGUUCACAUUCUCGAUAAGUUUUUCCCCAUUUUAUUUGGUCUUUUUGAGUUAAUUUUGACAAAAUGGAAACGGCGACAACUACAGAAAUGGACGCUAGCACAGAUAUACAGAAUGACGCCGACUCCUUUGUUAAAGUGAAGUCUAAAAAGAGCCAAAAGCGGAAACGUGAUCCAGCAGACAUGGACACAGAAGGACCAGCUGCUCGCAAGAGGCCACAGUUUCCACCUAUUUCUGCAGAAAAACUAAGGGGGGCGGAUCAGAUGCGUAAGGUGGCUGUCCCUGCCCACAGGUACACCCCACUGAAGGACAACUGGAUGAAGAUCUACUCCCCCAUCGUGGAAAACCUGCAUCUUCAAGUUAGAUUUAACCUCAAAACACGACAUGUUGAAAUUAAAACAUGCAAAGAGACACAGGACAUCAGCUCACUCACCAAAGCAGCAGAUUUUGUUAAAGCCUUCGUUCUGGGAUUCCAGGUAGAAGAUGCGCUGGCCCUCAUCAGACUAGACGAGCUCUUUCUCGAAACCUUUGAUGUCACAGACGUGAAACCACUGAAAGGAGACCACUUGUCCAGAGCCAUUGGAAGAAUCGCAGGCAAAGGAGGAAAAACUAAAUUCACCAUCGAGAACGUCACAAAGACUCGCAUCGUCUUGGCAGAAACAAAAGUGCACAUAUUGGGCUCUUUUCAAAACAUCAAGAUGGCCCGAACAGCCAUUUGUAACCUCAUCCUAGGAAGUCCGCCUUCUAAGGUCUACGGCAACAUCAGAGUGGUCGCUAGUCGAGCUGCUGAGAGAUUCUGAAGUGUGAUUGGUUGCAGUGUUUUAAUGUCCUCCAUCAUUGGCUGAUGAAGUUCAUACUGUUGAUUAUUGAGGGCAUAACGCCAGAUGAGGGAUUGAUCAACAUUCUGUGUGAUUUUUGUGUAAAUAUGAUAAAUACAAAUCAUCACUAGAGUGUUUUGUUUGAGAAGUGCCUCAUGUUGGUAUAAUAUUAGAAACAGUUAUGAGUAAGAUACAACACAGCCGAAUUACCAGCCUAUAAUAAACACAGUGUUAAAUGAAUAGUUCGCACAGGUCGAUGAACAGUGAGCGCUGUGUUUUCCUAAAGACAAGUCAUUUCUGUGUGGGGCUUUGGAUCAGAGGUGUCUGAACUUCUUCCAUGCAAGGGCCACUUUGUUUUUUUUAUAAAGCUAAGACUUUUCCAAAAAUUACAACUUAGUUUUUCAUACUAAGAUUUUUCCUCAUAACAUGUUUGUCUUGCUACACUACAACUUUUUUCUCUCCAUGUUUUGACUUUACUCUUGUAAAAUCACUCUUGAUUUUUCCAUUUUUGCUGGGGUAAAAUUUUUUUUUUUUUGUUACAUUGUACUUUUAGAAUUUGCUACGUUCCCCAAACAGCCUCUGGGCCGCACUUUGGACACCCCUGCUUUAGGUCACAGUGCAAGUGUCCCUAAAGAGUGGCCCACACCCGAAACCAACAAUUUUUUUGCAUUUUGCUAAAAAAACAAAACAAAAAAAAAAAAAAACACAAAGGCACAACUAACCUCAACAAGUUUAUUUAAAUUGUAUUUCAUUAUUUUCAUACAGUAUCAAGUUUCCAACAGUCCCACAGCAUAAUAUGCAGCAUGCAGAAAAAGAGGGGGGUAAAAACCUUAAAUAUACCAUCUGAUAAACUUCCCCCCCCAUACACACACAAACAAAAAAGAACCCAAGUCCCUCAGAAAAAGAAGCACUUACAAACUAAAGCGCAGUCUGAACUAUAGAGAACAGCUGCAUAGAAAAUAUACAAAACAAUAAAAUAAAAACUGUCCCCUUUAAUAAGCUUGAGUACUGUGUGUGUGUGGCCAUCUGAGACAGGAUCAGAUAUGCAACUGUUUGAAAUAGAAGCAUGUGGCUGACCCGGCAAGAGGAAUACAAAAUAAAAAUUACUACACAUAAGUUGAGUUCAUUUGGAUUACCUCUCAUGUACAUUGACCAAACGUUUGGCAACAUCCGUCGUGUGGACCAGUAAAUUCUUAAAUAUAUUCACAUCACCAUUCAUGUGUAAACAAGAGGAUUAGUUCAAACAUGUUGAUCUACAUGCACAACAAAAAAAAAAUUGAAUAAAAUAAAAAAUUCCAUGUCAUGCAAGCACAGGGAGGCCAAAGCCGUGCAGUGCAGAGCUUUGGGAGUUUGGGACAAAGGUGGAGGGGUGGGGGGUGUUCCAGUUUCACAUCCCGACUGAAAAAAAGUCCUGUUGAGAGCAGCAGCGGUGGUCCGCCUCUAUCUUCUCAAGUAGGAAGCGCUUUUCCCUUGCAAGACUAAAAAUGUCUUUUUUUUGUUUGUUUGUUUGUUUUCUCCCUGCUUGCUCAUCGCCGGAUGAAGUGAUGGGAAGUUUCAAAAAUGAAAUGCCAAGACUUUAAAAACAGCAUCCAGCCUAUGCCAUCCAGAUUUGUGAAAAGGUUCCAAAACACUGCCAGCAAGAAGUCUGCUUCACGGCUAAAUACUCAUUCCAGUGACGACAAAACCCUUAAAAUUGUGUUAUGUGCAUGCUUGCGUAUUUCGAAGCUAGUUUGUUCCAAGAAAAAGAGUCGAAUAAAGCUCUCGAUGGAGCAUGGUGGGUGGUAACUUUAUGUGUGUGUGGAUAUGUUCUGCUUGGCACUUCAUACCCUAAGUAGCUAGUUCUGCACUGUCAAGUCAGGUGUGAAUGAAUGUAAAAAAAAAACAAAAUAAAUAUCAAACAAACAAAACAAAAAAGAGCUCAUCUUCUCCUCAUCCAAAAUGUCUUUCAGGUCCGUUUUAAUAUUUUUUUUGUUUUUUUAAAAGUGACUGGUAGCUCUUCACUUAACACUUGAGCAAGGCUAUUCCCAGUCGCAGGGCAACAGAAAGAGAGAGAUCAUUCUUCUGCCGAUGGAAUAUGAAGCGUUUUUUUGUUGAG